AUGGCAGCAAUCGAAAGGCAGCAUACCGUGCGGUUGCACGUGGGAAAUUUGUCCCCCGAGUUGGUCAAGGAUAUCGCCGAUCUUGAGGAUAGGUUUUCCCGAUUCGGAAAAGUGGUGAAACCGUUUGAGAUUCAUAAUAAGAGCAUUUCCGGGUACUGCUUUGCGUAUUUGACGAUGCGGUUGACAAAAAAGCAGCUCCAGAAGAUAAGAUCGUCCUUUAACGGUGUCCGGUUCAAGCAGGCAAAGAUUUCUGUGUCGGUUGCAAAGCCAACUUUCCAACAAGAGUGGUUAAAAUCUAUAAAGCGACCAGACGGUAAAACGAACGAGAGGAAAAAGAACGCUACGUUAGCUUGGAAGAGAAAGGAGAGAAUAAAGCAUGUGAAUGAUAACCCGUUCGAAAAAGUGUAUGUGGUGAAAGGAAGAAUGAGAAAAACGGCUAGGAAAGUGGAUCCUCGAAAAUCUACAAUGAGAGUGUAUGUGAACGGCAAACUGCGUAUGUCGAACCUCAAAAAGACUAAACUCUGGGGUUACGACAAAGGGCGGACCGCCCGGGAUCUGAGCUGGGAGUUUAGCAGUGGAAAAUGGCGUGAUGGAAACGGUCAUAUCAUAGAAAGACACACCAGGCAGCACGUCAUGCAGGAUUCGGCAUCAUUUGAGGAAAACCUUGCGGAGACCGUUGAACACGAGGACGAAAACGUGAAAAACAGCGAUGGGGACAUGGAUGAAGAGAUCCAGCAGGAGAAGAGCCGUGAUUUGAACUUGUUGGAGUCGCUUAUGGGUAAUUAUGAUUUCGAAAAGCCGGUCGAGGUCGAUGAGGUCGACGACGCGUCGAUCGACGGAAGCGACUACGAGCUGAAUGGGGUUGAUAUACCGAGUGAGGAGGAGGCAGAAGAGCAUGAUUCGUAUGGUGUGAGUCGGCCGAAGUGUACUGAUAAGGAGCACAAGUCGUUAGUUGAUGAAUAUCAAAAGCAGCAUCCUGAGUAUUUGAGGAAAGAGGUAGAAGAUGGAGGUGAAGAAGAUGAUGAUGAGGAGGAGACUGAGAAUGAUAAGAAUGAGAAGAAGAAUAAGAAUGAGAAGAAGAAUAAGAAUGAGAAGAAUGAGAAGAAUGAGAAGAAUGAGAAGAAUGAGAAGAAUAAGAAUGAGAAGAAUAAGAAUGAUAAAAAUGAUAAGAAUGAUAAGAAUGAGAAGAAUGAGAAGAAGAAUAAGAAUCAGAAUCAUAAUAAUGAACUCACCGUCAUUGAAGACAAGAACGAUACAGAAAAGCUCAGAUCAUUGCUUAAUCCAGAAUCAGAAUCAGGCGGCUUCAAAUUCUCUUUUAAUGGAGAGGUGGAAGAUAGCAAAUCACAAGUUGAGAACGAGGUGCCAGAUAUUAAAAAGAUUGAAGAAGAAACUACAAUAUUGCCCGAGCGCAGAAAAGAUGUCGGGUUAUUCUUCACACAUUCAGAUUCACCUUUCCUUUCUGCCCAGUCCCAAUUGAGUAAGUUGAAGCUUAUCAAUGUAGAUAAAGAUUAUGGGUACAAUAAAUGGUUUUGGGAUAAUAGGGGCCAGUUGAAUAGGUUGUUUAGGAGAAGGAGAAGAGAGGCGGUGAAACGGAGCAGAAGGAAGAUGAAGAUGUCUCGGGCUAUACUAUAG